CGGUUUGGAAUGUAACAGCCCAGAGACUGAUCUUACCAAUUCUUCCAUUUUUAAACUGUUAUAACAGAGGUUUCACUCUUCUUCAUUUUGAAGAACCUAGGCUCCAAAUGACCCACAGCCACAGUCCUUUUGAGGCUUGCUGCAGAGACAAGCUAUGUCAGGAGUGACUGAAAUGGGUUCUUUAUAAAGCUCCCUUGCCAGUUCCCUUCCUACAUUUAAAUAACUCCUCUACUGUUCAACAAACUUACUUAAAGGUUUCAGAGACGAGGAUGGUGAGGAUAAUUUUUUCUGUGAUCAUUAUGCUGUUCUUCCUUCAAGCAGAUGGCACAGAAAUAAUAUGCAGAUACUGCAAUCUCUCACUCCCCUUCCAUGGCUGCCUUCUGGAUGGUGGUACCUGCAGAGUCGACCCAGGUCAAUAUUGUAAAGUUGAGUACCACGAGCAAGGUGGUGUGGAGUGGUUCUCAGUCAAAGGCUGUACUACUCCCAAAGAAAUAUGCCAUUCAAAGAGAAUAAUCAGCAAUACCAUUCAUCUCACCCAAUGCUGCUACCAAGACAUGUGCAACAUCUGAAUCGGAAUCUCCAACUAGAUGAUUUGGGUCAUAGAAGGGAUACGAUGCCAAUUUACAACCAGCCUAGCAUUAGGAGAGCAACGUAUAUAUAUUUUUUCCCUGGGGCAAGUCGAUCACAAUCUAGUGGUUGAUCACAGGAACUGGUAAAUUGUAGAGCACCUGAUGUCACCAUAUUUCCCUCUUCUCAUCCUAUGGAAUAGUGGGCUUGGGGAGGGGGGCAGGAAAGGAAUGUGGCCAAAGGCUGGCAACUCAUUCCUAUUCCUAAAGCUUUCUGCAGACACUCUCCUCACUCCACUUAAAGACACCCAUUGACAUCCUUAUUACCUCCCCAAGAGAUUCUAAGGCUUUAAUGAAAGGAAAAAAAAUAGCUCUUA